CGUUGUCUUCAUUGUGUUUCCAUCCGCCGAAGACGACGCAUUUCUCCGUACCCAUUAACGCGUGUAUUUCAAGGUGCAAUGGCGAGGAUUGAUUUCUUGUUAUCUGUGGUGUGUCUUGCAGCAGUGCUUAUUCUUCCCCUCAACAGUGCCAUCGAUCCAACCGAUCAAAUAUGGGAACCAAAGUCGGCAGAUGAAUUGCGUAACUUUAUACGUAUGAGUAAUGAGAGAAUGAAAUACAUGGGUGAUGAAAAUAAUCCACUAUCCAAACAGUUACUCAAUCCAAAUCCGCUGGCAUCCGUAACAGGAAUUUUAAUUAAUGGAUGUCAAUGCACCAAUGGACAAUGCAGCUGUUGUACAGGUAUGUUCAGUCUUCGAGGAUGCAUGAAUCUCACAUACAUUCCCGAAGAAUUUGCGUUCGAUUUUAGAAUGCUGGUCAACAAUCGUGUUUUGUACAAAAAUAAGGUGACGGGAAAAAAUCCACCACCAGUAUGUGUGAACCCCCCGAGAUUCGAUUAUGUUGAAGUAUGUGCCAAAUUCUACGAUCUCUAUUUUGUUGGCCGUAACGUGCAUGUAUGUCUAGAAAUGAAUGGAAGCUUCGAAGGAUAUGAGCUUUUUUCAAGGGAGUUUAAUUGUUUGCGAAUGGGAGACAAAGGUGUCAAAAUACUCAAGCCUGGUGAUAAUUCAGGAUUGCCAACUAAACCCCCUGGACUUGAAGCAGAAAUAGAUGCAGGAUCGGAGGAUAUCGAUGAUUAUGAUGAGGCAGUUAUAUAAUCUGCAUUAAUGAAAGAAAUAAGUGGAUGAUUAUA